AACUUUGGAGUUAGCAUUUGUAUUAGUGAUAGCACAUGCAGGAGAUCUCCUCCCACAAGGAGGUCUACUGCAUGUGUAAUCACUGUUCCCAAACAAAUAGUGACGGUCAGGGUCAACACAAGUAAUCACCACAUGCACACAAAGGGAAAAAUAGAUCCAGAAGUCAGCCAUUAAAGUAAAGAUAACCUGAAGGAGUUGAUUGGAGAAAGAGAUUCACCUGAAUAUACUUUUGCAGAAGUCUCACUUGAUGACUGACGCUCACUACCUUCUUUCCGACACGAACCAACCUGGUCUUUAUUUGCUCAUAUUACAUCAGUGUAUCUUUAAAGGAGUCUUCUCGUUGCUAAUAUAAAUACUAGCCAAGUCAAAAAAAAAUGUCUGCCAGGCGGGUUGGGCUGGUUCUGUUGGAAGCUAUGUGUGUCCUUGCGAAGAAGAAAUAUUCACACAAAAUGACCUCGAUGUAGCUUAACACUAUAACAGUGAAGUGCUGUGUCAUUAAAAAAGGUCAGGAUUUUUUUUCUCUAGAUCCAGUAGAAUACUUCCUGCUUCCUGGAUGCAGUAGCGUGAUCCGUCCAGCAGGAGGCGUCUCGAAGCCUCAGCCACACCUGCAGGUUGUACCACCUGACCAACCCUGCCCUCCAGCAAGACACACCUCCAGCUUCUCACCACUCCUCGACACACACUCCACUCUCAUCGGGUUGUAUUCAAACUAGCAGCUUCUCUCCUCGGACAGAGGUGUCUGUGUUGGUGACCUCCAGGUGUCGAACAUUCAUGCCCAGAGAUUGUUCUGAAAUCUGAGGAUCUGCCAGUCUGCUGCUUAGGGGAGGUGUCCUCUUACAUCCCGCAGUCUGAGUGCCGGAGACGCGACAGUAAACUGGAUCAGCAACAUUGAAUGGACAGAACAUGGGGUCAGAUGAGGCCUACAAUUUUGUCUUUAAGGUUGUUCUGAUCGGAGAGUCUGGAGUGGGCAAAAGUAAUCUGCUGUCCCGCUUCACCAAAAACGAGUUCAACCACGACAGUCGCACAACGAUCGGGGUGGAGUUCAGCACGCGCACCAUCGAACUUGACGGCCUCACAGUCAAGGCCCAGAUCUGGGACACAGCCGGGCUGGAGCGGUACCGGGCCAUCACUUCUGCGUAUUACCGCGGUGCUGUUGGAGCACUGCUGGUCUAUGACAUCACUAAACACCUGACGUACGAGAGCGUGGAGCGCUGGUUGAAGGAGCUAUAUGAGCAUGCUGACGCCCAUAUCGUGGUGAUGCUGGUGGGCAAUAAGUGUGACAUGGAGUCAGAGAGAGCUGUGCCAACUGAGGAGGCCAAAGACUUUGCAGACAAAAAAGGGAUUUUGUUUCUGGAGACUUCAGCUUUGCUGUCGACAAAUGUGGAGGCAGCGUUCAACAAUGUCCUAGCAGAGAUUCACAAGAAGGUGAGCAGUAAGGAAGUGGUCCGGGGCUCCAUCAAUGCCGUCUCCAUAAACAGACCUGACUCCCAAAACACAGAGCAGAAGAAGCCUUGCUGCCAGAACAUCUAAGAACCUAAAGGAGGGGCAGAGAAACAUGACGCGGGAGAUGCUGCAUGACUGAUUUUAAUGACUGAUUUUAAAAUUGCAGAUGGUUAACUUGUAUAAUUAAUUAAAUUAAAAAAAAAAAAAAAAAGAAAUGUGAAUGAAGUAGAUGGUUUGUGUGAAUUUAGGUCAAAAAUAUUUUACUGUUACUGUUUAAUACUUUUCAUUUUUGUGACAAUAAUACAGAAUAAAAGAAACCUUUGGGAAAGUGUGACAUGGUUUUAUUUUUGAUCAUGACAACAAAUGCAAUUUAGAUGUCUCAUGCAUCUCUUCUGGUUUUAAUGAGCAUUUGCGACAGCUGAAAUAAACUACAUAAAAACUAAAA